AUGGCAACUCAGCCGUCUCACUUUGAGGAGAACCUUCUGUGCCCUGUUUGCCGUGACAUCUUCAGAGAUCCCGUUCUCCUGCUGUGUUCUCAUAGCUUUUGCUGGGUCUGUCUGGAUCAGUACUGGGAGCUCAGCGGAUCACAGAUGUGCCCUGUAUGCCGGACAGACUUUUGCAUGGACCGUCCUCCAUGCAACCGUGCUUUGAAGGACCUGUGUGAGAUCUUCCUUCAGGAGAGAAAAAAUUCGAUGUCAGUAGAGGCCGAGUUAUUCUGCAGUGUUCAUGGAGAGAAACUUAAGCUCUUCUGCGAGGAAGACGAGCAUCUCGUGUGCAGUGUGUGUGUGAACGAUGAUAUUCAUGUCAAACACACAUGCAGACCUGUGGAUGAAGCUGCAGUUGCUCUCAAGGAGGUGUUCAAAACAAGCCUGAAGUCUUUGCGAGAGAAGCACAAAGUCUUAAAAUCAGAGAAAUUCAUCUGUAAUCAGCGAGUGAAACACAUCACGCAUCAAGCUGAGCAAACGGAGGCACAUAUUAAGAAGCAGUUUGAGCAGCUUCAUCAGUUUUUGCGUGAUGAAGAGGCGGCCAGGAUAACUGCUCUGAGGGAGGAAGAGGAGAAGAAGAGGAAGCUGUCAGAGGAGCAGAUGAUUAGAAUUAACAGUGAACUCUCAUCUCUGGUAGAAAGAGUGAGGAUCACUGAGGAAGAGAUAGAGUCCAGCAACAUCUCAUUCCUGCUGAAGUACAAAGGCCCACCUGAAAGCACUCAGUGCAACAGUCCCUGUCCAGAGAACCUCCCAAAAGUGCUGAUUGAUGUGGCAAAGCACCUGGGAAAUCUGAAAUUCAGCGUAUGGCAGAAAAUGAAGGCUGCUGCUAAAUACAUUCCUGUAAUCCUUGACCCCAACACCGCUCACCCAUGCCUGCAUCUCUCUGACAAUCUGAGCGAUGUGUGGUUUGGUCAGUGGAGUCGACAGGCCUUGGCUUACACAAACAAAUGUGAGGGCUAUUCAAGCGUCCUGGGCUCUGAGGGCUUCAGCUCUGGGACUCACUACUGGGACGUCGAGGUCGGGGACAACACCACCUGGGUCUUAGGAGUGAUUUCAGAGUCUGCCAUCCAGACUCGAGACAAUCUGUCCAGUUCUGGUCUGUGGCGCCUUGGCUUUCACAAUGGCAGAUAUGGACAAGGCCUUUCAGGAGAUAUUCUCAUGCCGCUUGCAGUGAAACAGAAGGUCCAACGCAUCAGAGUCCAGCUGGACUGGGACGGAGGGCAAGUGUCAUUCUUCAAUCCUCUCACUGACACUCACCUCCACACCUUCAAGCACACCUUUAGCGAGAGAGUGUUUCCGUACUUCUGUAAUGUGUGUCCGUCUCAAGCUCUGCGGAUCUUGCCGGUGGAAAUGGCUCCAGCAGGACUGGAGGUGCAGAGAUUAUCUGCAUUAACCAGCAAAAUAGAGAAGGAGCUGGUAACGACUCUGCGAGCUCUGCGGAUACCACCACCCGAGGAGAGCUCUCCGCCGUUUAACCCACCUCCACACGCUCCGGCAACGGCUGCCGUCACCACCAGCCCUCGCUUGGCAUUUCCCGAAAAGUUUGAUGGAUCACCCACGAAGUGUAAGGGGUUUCUGCUCCAAUGCUCGAUGUUCGUUAAUCAACAGCCCAUGUUAUACCCCACGGACAGUAGCCGCAUUGCCUUUGUUUGUUCGCUCCUAACUGGUAGGGCGUUGGAUUGGGCCACGGCGGUGUGGAGUGAGGACCGCAUCGUUUUCCCCUCAUUUACCAGUUUCAUUCAACGCUUCAAGGAGGUGUUUGAACACCCCGAGGGUGGCAAAGAGGUAGGCGAGCAGUUAUUAUCCCUCCGUCAAGGAAAAAGUUCAGCAGCUGACUACGCACUAUCCUUCCGCACGCUCGCUGCUCAGACAGGGUGGUUGGAUGAUCCCCUCAAGCUCCUCUUCCGCAAGGGACUCAAUGCCGACCUACAAUCUGAACUGGCCUGCCGGGAUGAGGGUAGCUCUCUGGGACAAUUAAUUGAGCUGGCGAUUCGCAUUGACAACCUCAUCCGCUCUCGACGACCUCCACCCCCUACCACUAGUCCCAGCAGCCUUGGAACAACUGCGGACGGCCAAGUAUUUCACCAAGCUGGACCUUCGCAGUGCUUACAAUCUCAUCCGUAUCCGGGAGGGGGAUGA